AUCGAGUAUAUUACACUCACGUUGGUCACCUCUACGAUGCAUCGUGUAACCAUCACCGGAAUCCUCUCCACGACACUCCUUCAGUUGCGGUAUCGUCCCAUUGGCCUUUUUGAUUUCCCCAGUGGCACUUUUUCUCUGUACUCACAAGAAUAACUUCGAAUCGGCAAAUCGGUCGACAUUUCAUUCACGACCUAACCACUUACACAAUCAUGUUGAGACCUAUUAGCACCGCCGCAGCUUUGCUGGCUUUACUGUCAACGUCUGAAGCACAAAUACCAAAAGUCAGCGGCUUCAAUUUGGUGUGGUAUGACGAUUUCAGCGGCAAGGCCAACACGGUUCCAGACCAGAAUAACUGGAUUAUCGACACUGGGACCAGUUAUCCCGGCGGUCCAGCAAACUGGGGCACAUCGGAAAUCCAGUCAUACACCAACAGCCCCAACAAUAUCCGAGUCAAUGGCGCUGGAAAUCUUCAGAUCACCGCCAUCAAGAACCCUUCCACGGGAGCAUGGACUUCCGGGAGGAUUGAGACCCGCAGAGCCAAUUUCAUGGCGCAGCCGGGGAAAACCAUGCGGAUCCAGGCUAGUCUGAAGAUCCCUAAUCUUGGAGCCAACGCCGGUAUUGGCUACUGGCCCGCGUUCUGGACCCUGGGCGCUGAGUUGUUGUUGUUGUUGUUGUAUUUAACGCCGUGGCGGCCGGGCUAGAGCCCUUACCGCAGACCUCCCGAAGGGUAUAUGGCG